UCAAUAUAAAAAGAAAUAUGGCGGACGCUGAAACGGUAGAGAUGGAGGUUAGCCUUUUCCAUGCGAUGAGGGGGCACAAACCUGUGGGUGUCAAUCGACAUUUCCAGAUGCUUGUUAUCCAUGACAAACUAAAUAACUCCUUUAGCAGAAAAGUCACAUCCAAGCAGAUUUGGAAUCGACUCAUCACCAUGUAUGAUCUGACAGCUCUGAAUGAAUCUGAAAUUUUGCCCUUUCCAAACAAAGAGGUAGACUUUCUCCUGCCGGAUGAAGACUUCUCAGAUUUUACACCAAAGGAGUUCCCUAGAUCUAACUUUACCUCACACAAAUUCCAGGAUGACAGUAAAAGUGACAAAUCUGAUACAUCAUCCAAAGACACUCACAUCUCAGUUUCAAAGCCAACGAAGGCAGACAAACAUGAAUCAAAGCCAGAAAACAAACACACAAGUAAUUUAGUACAUGGAAACACACCUGAAAACUCCCCAAAACGGAAACGUACAAGGCAGACCCAUUCCACACACACAAGUCCUGCCACUCCGGAGGUGCCUAGCAAACGCAGGCGAUGACAAGGGACCUAAAUUGUACAAAGAGAACUUGGUGUAUGAGAGAAUGAAAUCAAUUGUUGUUAUGUUGACAAAAAUUGUGAAUAUCUGUAUGUGUGAUGAAAGUUGUGUAACUACCAUGGCAAUUAGAAUGAUUCUGCAAUGAGAAUGAGGCGAGUGAUGAGAAUGUGGCAAGUUAUGAUAUUGUGGUGAGUGAUGAGAGUUAGAUGAGAAUAAGAUGAGAGAUGAAAUAAGUGUGAAAUGAGAAUUAUUAUAUGUUAGGGAUUUUUUUCAGAAAAUAUGAAUAUUUGUGAAUAAAUAUAAAAAAAUA